ACAUGGGACGGCCACUAGUGACGUGACAUACGCGAUGCAACGCGUCUCCGUGACGCAGUUAUCGACCGUCGAACUAGUGUAGUGUUCCAUCGAUACGUCUGGUUAUACCACGAAUGAACACCCUAAUGCUGACAACAACUGGAUCGGUAGACGAUCAGCCUUUGGACAGCAACAUGUCAUUUUCAUCAUACAAUAUGAUGGACUCCGGUGGCGCCAUCGACUCCCCUCCAACCUACCAUCGAAGCUACGAGCAAUACGUCCAAGGCGGCGUCGAGAACAGCACCGACUCCACCCAAGAACAAACCAGCCCUGAACUAGUCGUCUGGUCUACCCUACCCUACGGCCUAGACUACAGAACGCAAUACGACUACAGGCCUUAUGAGACUAGAGACUAUUCUCCGCAGCAGUACGUUAGGGCGCCAUUUGCGACGAAGAUGGGGCAGUCGAAGGCGCUCAAGGAGGCGAGGAUACGGAGACCUAUGAAUGCUUUUAUGGUGUGGGCGAAGGUGGAGAGGAAGAAACUGGCUGAUGAGAAUCCGGAUCUGCAUAAUGCGGAUUUAAGUAAAAUGCUAGGUAAAAAAUGGCGCUCGCUGACUCCGCAAGACCGACGGCCGUUUGUAGAAGAGGCCGAGAGGCUCCGAGUCAUCCACAUGACGGAGCACCCCAACUACAAGUACCGGCCGCGGCGACGGAAGCAGAACAAGACGCGGCCCAACCAGCCCGCGCCCCCCGCCAGCGCGCCCCCCACCUCCGCCGCCCUCGGCUCCCCCUACGCCGCCGCGACCGACUCGCCCGACGCACGCUUCUCCCACAACCCGGGCGCCGGCUUCUCGCCUUACAGAACCUCCCCCCUCGCCUCAGACUACCAGUCCAACCAGUUCAACGGCCACGUCCAAACUCCAGAGUCUUCCCCGGCGAGGUCGCCCGAACCACAGGGACGGAGGAGCGCCCCGGCCGAAGCCCCGCUCCCCACCCCCGACGCGUCACCAGUAGAAAACGAGAAAGAGAACUUCCAGUACGAAGAACGGCGAAGAGCCAUCAACGCUUCCUCCAUGUCCGAUUCCUACUCCCCUUACAAGACAUACAGGACGCCCGGCUCGUACUCUCCGGCUCCUGUCGCCGCUAUGGGCAUGGCUAAUGGCAUGUACGUUAUGUGCACGCAAAGGACUUUAGCGGAGCAGCCGCCUCUCGUCACCGGAACGUUCUUCCCCCCCGUCGCAACCUCCCAAGACCAGCAGGCGCUAGGCACGUCCACUCCCAGGGUAUCGUCCGCUCCAAGCGGACAAAUGAGCGCCGAAUACAGCAUCCAGUACCACCCGUACGAGUACGAGCAGAUGUACAAAACGGAGGACACGUACGUCGCGCAAUCGCACUAUCCUGAACAGCCUAAGACCGAGUACGACACCGGAGGCGGUUACUUCUCAGAAGAGCCGCCCGCCAAUCAGGAGUCGGAGCAAUACAUGAGCCAGCGGCCCGAGAUCAGGACCGGCUCGCCAGAGUCUGAUGUGGAUGCGAGGGAGUUCGAUAAGUACUUGGACUAUGCUCCUGAGCAGAUGGAGCAGCACCAAUAUAGAUACGAGCAGCAGCAGCAGCAGCAAGGGUACAGGCCGCCGUACUGUCCGGAUCAGGCGCCGGGGCCUGAGUACUGUUCCGAGAGGAUGUACCCGUCUCCGUACGCGUCGGUGAUCUCCGGGCCGCCGCCCGCGGGCCCGUACCCCGCGCCCGCCGCCGCGCUGGCCGAGGCGCGCACGGACGACGAGUUCAGCGUCAUCCUUGCCGGCGUCAGGCAGACGUGCUACAGCAACUGAUCCUCUCCAGCCUUCCUAUUAGUAGCCCAAAGAGUAUAUUUCCACAGUUUUGUGAUCGAAUCAAUGUUUAAAUUCCUAGUAAGAAUUAAAUUCUGAAUUAUGACUCUUGCGUUAGUUUGUAAUUGUAAAUGCCUGAAACGUUAUAAAGUUUUCGUUUGACUUUAAGUAGGAUGUAGAUUUUGUAUUAUAUUGCCGGUUGUAGGCGACCAUCGUGAAGUAUACUGGAUAUUUAUAAUAAAACUAGGAUUUCUUUUAAUGUUGGACGCAGCAUGUUGACCAGUGAUUUAGAAUUUAUUUGUGCAAAUAUUUGAAAUAGAAUGUCAUUCUGACUAUCUAUAGUUCUGUUUCGUUAGAACCGAAAACAAAUUCUUGCAUACCUUGCAACGCUCACGCAAAAUUCUUUGCAGAGAAUCGGCCACUUAGUUUUUUUUUCGGAAUAAAUG